CCCUAGCAGCCACACUUCCGACGCCACGAUGGCCUCUGCCCGCAUCAACUUGGACGCUCCGCGAUGGGAUCAAAGCACAUUUGAAGGCCGCGCCAAGCACUUCUUUACCACGACCAACCCCAUCAACGUCCUUGCAAGUGACGAAGAGCUCGACGCCGCCAAAUCCCUUGUCGAGCAAUACCGCCGCGGUGCCGAGCCUGCUGGAACAACUCCAGAGCAAGUGUGGGCUGCCAAGCACUUGUACGACUCGGCCUUUCACCCGGACACUGGCGAAAAGAACUUUAUCCUUGGUCGCAUGUCGUUUCAAGUGCCUGGCAACAUGGUCAUCACGGGGUGCAUGAUGGCAUUCUACCGGUCGACCCCGGCGGUGGUGUUCUGGCAGUUUAUGAACCAAACGUUCAAUUCGAUCGUCAACUACACAAACCGCAACGCCAGCACCGGCGUCACCACCGACCAGCUCCUCCAAGCGUAUGCUGCAGCGUCGACCAUGUCGGUCGCGACCGCCGUCGGGCUCAACAAGUUCAUCGCAUCACGCCCGGCUCUCAGCGGCGGCAUUGUGGGCCGCCUCGUGCCACUCAUGGCCGUGGCUGCUGCCAACUGGGUCAACAUCCCCAUGAUGCGCCAGCAAGAGCUUCUCCACGGUAUUGCCGUCGAAACCGCUGAUGGCGAAGUGGUCGGGAAGAGUCGAUCGGCCGCGCAGUCGGCGGUCCUCCAAGUCGUGCCGUCCCGUAUCUUGAUGGCGGUCCCUGGAAUGGCCAUUCCUCCUGUUGUCAUUGCGGGCCUCGAAAAGGGCCCGCUGAAGCGCAUGCCUGCGCUGUCUGCCCCCCUCAUGGUGCUUCUCACUGGUGCGUGCUUGAGCUUGUCCACGCCGCUGUGCUGCGCGCUCUUCCCUCAAAAAAGCGCGAUCUCGACCACAGCGCUCGAACCGGAGAUCCAAGACAUCAUUCGCAAGCGAUUCCCGGAAACCACCGAACUGUACUACAACAAGGGUCUUUAGAGCCACCGUUGAUGUCUGCGCCGUGUUCAUGGCGGCACAAGGUGCUGCAAUAGAGAGUGUCCAUGGGCGAAUGAAUACUCGUGCUGCCAGUCUCCUCGACGGGCGAAAUCGUGGACGUAGUUGAUGAGAAGGACGAAAAAGGUCGACAAAGGGCGUUGUCUAGAGUAUUGCGAUCGCCAUGCACCCGCCAACGCGAUCGCGGGGAAUCAGGCGCAGUUCCGUGCCGUGCUUCAAAAAUACAUUGCCG